UGUUAAAACAUUAAUUGCAGUUGCAUUUUCUUCAAAUAUUUACAAAAGAGAAUUUUUGUAUUAUGAAGUGUCAUAAAUUUAAGUAUAAAUAUCUUCAUUAGUCGAAAUUGAAAAGUUAAGUCUCACAAUGAAGGCAAUAAUUUCCUUAGUUUGUUUGGUCGCCAUUUUUGGCAUUGUCCUUGGAUUCUCAGAUCUUCGCGAUGGUCGUCCUGGAUGUGAAACAGAUAGGGAACUACAACAGGUAUAUUACCGAAAUUUGUGGGAUGCAAAUGCCUAUUGGGUAUGCAAGAAGAAAGGAGUUCCAGCUACAGCAAUGCGCUGUGACGAAGGUGGUUUUCAGGCAAGGUUAAGAAAAUGUGUUAGCUGGGAUGAUUGGGAAUGGGAAGAUCCUGUUGCUCCACCAUCAAUUGCUCAUUAAGUGAAUAAGGAAAGGGUCAUAAUAAUUGAACAUUUUUAAACUGAUGGACCUCUAAUAUAAUAUUUUUGCUUUAUAAAAUUAUUAAUAAAUAAAUAAAUAUAUAUUUACGUUGCCGAAGAGAUAAAUAAAU